AUGGGAAUGGAGGAAAAAAACUCCUCUCGUACAUUUGCCUUUGCGGAGAAGGCGGUCACUGCACGAUGGACAUGUUCUGGACACCAUAAGACAAAGAAGGAUGCACCUACCUCCGUCCGUGGUAUUCCAAAAAUCACGAAUGGCAGUUCUAUUCCGAAUUCAUCCGUCGCCCACGUGUCUUUGGUCGCCACUACCAGCAAAGUGUCAAGAAUGGGACAACAAAAUGUAAGAGAGGAACACUGA